AUGCAACUCUCAUCCAUCGUCUUCUUCAUCUCCAGCGCCGCUGCCCUAGGUAUCAACUGCCGCGGCUCCGGCGUUUGCUCCUUCAACGAUGCCUCCCUGCAAGUUGUUCACGACCAAAUCGGCAACCUGAUUGCUGGUGGCGGCGGUGACCGUCGCUUCAACACCGGACAGCAAAUUGCCUGCUCUCACGGCUCUCAGGGCAGCGUGUGCGCUUUCUACCAGAACGGCGCUUCUGGUUCCGCCAGGGACGCCUACAACCAGGUUCAAGGCCUGAUAGAUCACAAGUGCCGACAGUGUGGCUCUAUUCCUACUCAGCCUGGUAAUGAUGUUAGCAAGGGCGAGCUUACUGUCAAUUAUGUUGGUAAGCCUUGCUGCGAGGGCGACUGCCACUGCUAA